AUGACAUCGUCACCAGUACUUUUAGCUGAGGAUAGCUCGGCCAGAACAUCGGAGAACCCACGGCUCGUCGGAGGUUCUGCUACUGAAGCCGAAAAAGUAUCCGAGGAGAUAUCUUCUGCCAAUGCCACAGUCGAAAGAGAUAGAGAUAUUGUAGAACAUUCUACUCGAACAAUCAAUGGGCUUUCCUGGAUCCUAGUGGUUGCUUGCAUCUCAUCGUCGACAUUUUUGUUCGCCAUAGACAACACUAUCGUCGCCGAUAUUCAGACAGCAAUUGUCGAAGAAUUCGAUGAAGUGGGAAAGCUAACAUGGGUUUCGGUGGCUUUCAUGCUGGGGGCGGCUGGAAGAAAUCUGAUGUGGGGAAAGGCAUAUGGUACAUUUGACGCGAAGUAUGUCUAUAUAUUCACAACCUUGAUUUUUGAGGUCGGCUCCGCGAUAUGUGGUGGUGCUCCCAACAUGAACGCUCUUACUGUUGGUCGAGCUAUAUGCGGACUGGGAGGAAUAGGAAUGUAUAUCGGUGUCAUGACUGUGAUGUCGGAGAACACAUCAAAGACUGAGCGGCCUGUAUAUCUUGGUCUGAUAGGUAUACUCUGGGGCAUUGGCACAGUGGUUGGUCCUUUCAUAGGCGGGGCUUUUGCUGAUAGUAGCGCCACAUGGCGAUGGGGAUUCUACAUCAACCUUUGCAUCGGAGGAGCUUUCGCUCCUGUAUACGUGUUUCUCGUCCCAAACUCCAAACCCCGAUCUAACUUAAGUCUCCUUGGUCGAUGGGGGCAAAUUGACUGGCUUGGUGCCUUACUCCUCUUGGGUGCCAUAGCAUGCUUGCUGAUGGCCAUUGCCUUCGGUGGUGUAUUAUUUCCAUGGGAUUCUGGAUCUAUCAUCGGUCUUUUCGUUACCAGUGGCAUUCUGUUCAUUGCAUUGGCUAUUCAACAGUCAUAUGCGUUUGGAACAACGGAGGAACACAGAUUGAUUCCGAUAGAAUACCUUCAUCACCCUUUCAUUGAGACAGCCUGCGCCGGAGCAGCAGUAUUCCUUCCGAUAUACUUCAUUCCUAUUUUCUUCGAAAUCAUCCAUGGCGAGUCUGCAUUGGGUUCCGGUCUCAAGCUCCUUCCAUUUAUCUUGGUUAUGGUUACUAUGACUUUUGUCAAUGAUUUCACAUUGUCAAAAUGGGGCUACUAUAUGCCUUGGUAUCUUGGAUGCUCUGCUCUCCAAGUCAUUGGUUCUGCGCUUCUCUUUACCAUCGAAAGGGAUACUUCUGUCAGUUCCAUCUAUGGAUAUACUGUACUUAUGGCAUUUGUCGGCGGUUGGAGUCAAGCAUCAUUUACAGUUGCACAAUUCCUUGUCGCUCCCAAAGACAUUCCGAUUGUGACUGGUUUCUUGACGUGUGCCCAAUCAGGUGGCGCAGCGCUAUCACUGGCAAUCGGCGACACUGUCUUCCUGAAUACUGCACAGAGUGGUAUCAUGACUCUGCUUCCAAAUCGAAGCUCGUCUGAAAUCCAAGGACUUAUCUCCGGCUUGGGAAAUUCAUUCUUCGAAACUUUAGAUGCUAAUAUACAAAACGCUAUUCUGGACAUUAUUAUGAGCAGCUUCAAGAAGCUUUUUGUCCUGCCCAUUGCAGCCGGAGCUGUAGCGCUCGCCUUUUCAGUCUUCCUGAAGAGGCAGAAGAUUGACGUCUCUUGA